GGUGACACCCCCAAAGCCCAUCCAUCCUCUGCUCCGCCAGUCCGUCGUAUGGUCGUACUCAUCCCGACUCAUCCCGGACUUCCUGCCUGCUCCGUUCAUUGAUCUUUCAUUCAUUCAAAGGGUUGCCUCCGCACCCUGCUAACACCCUCCCUCCCCUCUCGCCAUUGACGUCGGCUCGCUCCAGGCAAAGACCCUUGCUCGCCGUCGUCCGCAACCUCAGCAUCCAUCUUUUAACCUUAACACCGCAGGAUGGAGGAUAACACUGUCCUUUCUAGCGGCGCUGCCGAUGAUUCCCUCGCAGGCACCACGGGCCAAGAUGCCCCCGGUGAUGUGAUCAACACCUCCGGAACUGAUAACCCGUUAGAUGCCCCCGCCUCCCCCAAGGCGCAGAAUGCCGAUGGCGAACUUGAAGACGAGGAAAUGGGCGGCACCGAGACCGAGACGAAGAAAGAGACCGACGGCGGCGACGAGCUCGCCGACCCUGCUGCUCAGUCAGGCGCUGAGGGUACGGCCGACGAGCAGCCCGCGCAGGGCAAAGCGUCGGUUGAGAACUCCGCUCGUUCGCAACUCGUUUCGCAGACACAUGCCAUCAUCCUCCCCAGCUACUCUACGUGGUUCGACAUGCACACGAUUCAUCCGAUCGAGAAGAAGGCGCUGGCGGAGUUCUUCAACGGCAGAAACCGAAGCAAGACUCCCGCAGUCUACAAGGACUACCGUGAUUUCAUGAUCAAUACCUACCGACUGAACCCCAUCGAGUAUCUCACAGUCACCGCGUGUCGCCGCAACCUUGCGGGAGACGUGUGUGCGAUCAUGCGCCUUCACUCGUUCCUUGAGCAGUGGGGUCUGAUUAACUACCAAGUGGACCCCCAAACCCGGCCGUCGAAUAUCGGACCUCCGUUCACUGGUCAUUUCCGAGUCAUUGCCGACACACCCAGAGGCCUUCAGUCGUUCCAGCCUGGACCGAACACCUUUGUCAAGCCUGGAAAGCCUCUCUCCGCCACCGACCGUGCCGCUUCGGCCACCCCCGCACCCAAGGCCGACCUGAACCUAGAAAUCCGACGCAAUGUCUACGAUGAUAAGGGCAAGGAGAUCACUCCCGCCGCCGAGGACAAGGAGAAACAAACAAACGGAGAGGGCUCGGGUGCCAACGGCACGGCAGGCGAUUCGACCAAGGCGAUCGAAUCAGCGGCCAAGGACCCUCGGAAGAAGUUCCACUGCUUCUCGUGCGGUAUCGACUGCACUCGCCUGCGAUUCCACUACGCCAAGUCGACCCCGGCUGCGAACCCGGCUGCUCCGGAUUCCAAGUAUGACCUGUGCCCCAACUGCUUCCUGCAGGGCCGGAUGCCCAACAGCCACAGUGCCUCGGAUUUCGUCAAACUCGAAGACAGCGGCUAUUCUAUCGUGCCCGACAAGGAUGCACCCUGGUCUGAUGCAGAACUGGUGCUUCUGCUCGAAGGACUGGAGAAUUUCGACGACAACUGGGAGCAGAUUGCUAGCCACGUCGGAACCCGGACGAGAGAAGAGUGUGUGAUGAAGUUCCUGCAGCUGGAGAUCGAAGACAAGUACAUCGAAGAUGUACCGGAUAUGCGGGCAGGACCCGGACGGGAGCCCAUCAGCCAGGCCGAGAACCCUGUUCUGUCAGUAGUCGCCUUCCUUGCCCAGAUGGCCGAGCCCGCCGUGGCUGCUGCCGCCGCUGGCCGCUCCGUCGAAGAGAUUCGCAAGGAGCUCCGGAAACAGCUCGAGAAGGGCUCGGGAGAUGACAAGAGCCAAGAGAAGGGCAAGGAGAAAGAGGGUUCCGAUGUGAAAACCGAGGACUCAAUGGAUGUGGGCGAGGAUGCGCCUGCAGAGAUCGUGGAAUCCGCCGCCGCCGAAGGCCAAACCAAGUCCUCGUUGCCCACCGUCGCUCUCGCCGCCUCCGCUGCCCGUGCCGGUGCUCUUGCUUCGCACGAAGAGCGCGAGAUGACCCGCCUGGUCUCUGCCGCCGUCAACGUUACUUUGCAGAAGUUCGAAGUUAAACUGCAACAAUUCAAUGAGAUGGAGGAGAUCAUCGAAGCCGAGCGCCGCGAGCUUGAAUUGGCUCGCCAACAGCUCUUCCUAGACCGUAUGGCCUUCAAGAAGAGGGUCAAGGAAGUCCAAGAUACCCUGCAGGCCGUCACUCUCAAGGGUCCCGGCGAGGAAGCCAACAACAUGAUCGCCGACGCCGCUACGACGGGCAUUGGCAACCGCUUCAACUUCCAGCCUGGUCCCGGCGAAGCCCGAGCCGAUGCUCAGCCGCUCAGCGCCGAGGCCGGCGCCGACUACAAGACGCUGGACCUGUAAUGCCGCAAACAAAAAACAAAGAAUGAAUUGAAAUGUUUUUAAUGGACGUGCGUUCAAUCCAACUCAACCAACCCACCAAUUGGAAACCGAAAAUGCUCUCAAAACAAGUGCAAAAAACAUAACCAGUACAUCUGUUUCUUCUCUUUUCUUUCUCUGUCUACUUCGGUCUGGCAGGAAACACUUUUUCUUAUCUAAAGUUGAUUUCAUUAUAAUAUCCUAUGUAUUGUACAAUACCUUAUCCUUGGGUUAUGGAAGUCAAGGGGUAUCUACUAUUCUAUCGCAUCAGGAUGGCUGGGCAGUUUGAGAGAUGUGAUGCGUUUGCGAUUGAUUGGGGAAGAGGCUGUUUUGGUGAUGGAUGGGCGGACGCCUGGGGUUUGGGUUCUGCGGUUUUUACUUUUCUUUUGCUUUUUUUUCUUUUCCCCUUAUUCUUAUUGUUUGAUGUCGUCUGGGCUGCUAGGAAAAGGCGCUCUUGUCUCGGAGUUUAGAGUAUUUGUUCGCGAUCAAUCUACUUGGUUCAAUUUUUUAAACAACUUGUUUUCAUUUAGAAAUU